GGUAACAUCUCUCCAGCUCUAGCUUAGCACCUCACUUACAAUGGCAUUCUAUACGUCGCAGAGUAGUUCAGGAGGGGCAUAUGGUGGAGGAGGAUUAGUGAUGAAUGGUGAAGGUUUUGGUGAAUGUUUUGAUGGUGGCUUUGGAGGUGGAGAAUCAAGUACUGGCUUUGGAGGAGGCCAGCAGGUCAGGUUUAGUAGUGGAGGAUUCCGUGCAGGGGCUGGUGGAGGGGCUGGUGGUGGAGGUGGUGGAGGAUUUGGUGGGGGAUAUGGUGGAUCAGCUGGUGGGGCAUAUGGUGGAUCAGCUGGUGGGGGAUAUGGUGGAUCAGCUGGUGGGGGAUAUGGUGGAUCAGCUGGUGGGGGAUAUGGUGGAGGAUAUGGUGGAGCAGGUGGAGGAGGAUUUGGUGGAGGAGGAUUUGGUGCAGGUUCAGGUCUUCUUUCAACCAAUGAAAAACAGACAAUGCAGAAUCUUAAUGACCGUUUAGCUACUUACUUGGACAAAGUCAAGACCUUAGAGGAGGAUAACGCUGAAUAUGAGCGCAAAAUAAGAGAAUGGUAUGAAAAGCAACGUCCAGGUUCCUCUACUGGUGCUGGAGCAACAGACUACAGCAAAUAUUUUGAUAUUAUUGAUGAUCUCCGGAGUAAGAUACUUGCUGCAACUAUUGAAAACUCCAAGCUCAUUUUGCAGAUUGACAAUGCCAGACUGGCAGCUGAUGACUUCAGACUGAAAUAUGAAAAUGAAUUAUCUAUGCGCCAAAGUGUGGAGGCUGAUAUCAAUGGACUGCGUAGAGUUCUGGAUGAACUGACCCUAUCUAGAUCUGAUCUGGAAUUACAGAUUGAAGCCCUAGCAGAAGAACUGUCAUAUCUCAAGAAGAAUCAUCAGGAGGAGAUGGGAACUCUGGCUGGUUCACAAUCUGGACAGCUCUCUGUUGAAAUGAACGCAGCUCCAGGCAUUGACCUGACCAAAAUCCUAAAUGACAUGAGGGAGCAGUAUGAGGCCCUAGCUGAGAAGAAUAGAAAAGAAGCUGAAAUUCAAUUUCUGCAGCAGAGCAGUGAGUUGAAGAAAGAGAUCACAGCUGGGUUAGCUGAGACUCAGACCAAGAGUACAGAGAUGACCGAAUUGAAAAGAACACUUCAAAGCCUGGAGAUAGAACUACAGUCCCAGCUGGCAAUGAAAAGGGGCCUUGAGCAGACCUUGGCAGAAACAGAGGGUCGAUACUGCUCUCAGAUUGCAAAACUACAGGAUAUUAUCGGUGGCGUAGAAGAUCAGUUAUCUCAGUGCAGGUUUGACACGGAACGUCAGAGUGAAGAGUACAGACAGCUGCUGGAUAUCAAAUCCAGACUGGAGAAGGAGAUUGAGCAAUAUCGAGUCCUACUGGAUGGAGAAGGAGGGUCAUUCGGAAUCUCUUCAUCUUCUUCCACCACUCAAAAGACUUCAGGUUCAGUGGGAUCUUCCAAAGAUUCAAGCAAAACCAGGAAAGUUAUGACCAUCUAUGAAGAUAUAGUGGAUGGAAAAGUUGUUUCAUCAACAAAAACAGAACACCUACAAAAAAUGUAAAAAUAACAAAGCUGAAUAACCUGCUAACCAGUCAAUAUUGACUUUGCUUCUUUUACAAAUGCUUUGGUUCACUUUUGCAUGCCUAUCCAAUAAACUUUUGCAAGCAA